AUGUCAUCCUCUGUUCAUUUCAAGUUCAAGUCCCAGAAGGAGCCCUCUCGGGUCACCUUUGAUGGAACUGGUAUUUCCGUCUUUGAACUCAAGCGAGAGAUCAUCAGUCAAAGUAGAUUGGGCGAUGGGUCUGAUUUUGAGUUGUCCAUCUACAAUGAGGAUACUGGAGAAGGAUACGAUGAUGACACUACUAUUAUCCCCCGAUCCACCUCAAUUAUAGCUCGCCGAUUGCCAGCAGCUCGUCCAGGAAAAGGUGGUGCCGCUCGCUAUGUUUCGGGGAAAAUGCCAGUCAAUGCGCGUAAUGCAUCUCGCACUGAGCCUCUGACCAAUAGGCACACAGCUGGAAACACUCAGUCCGUCAACAAUGCCCUGGAACUGAACAAUGCCCAGACAGAGGAAGAGAAGAUCAAUGCCCUCUUCAAUUUGCAGACAAGUCAAUGGCAGGAACAGCAACAAGAAAUGGCUAAUGCAACCCCAGUUCCAUUCGGCCGUGGAAGAGGAAAACCCGUCAAUGUCCCUGAUCAUCCCCCACCUCCCGGUUACUUAUGCUACCGUUGCAGAGAGAAAGGUCACUGGAUUCAAGCAUGUCCCACCAACAACGACCCUAAGUUCGACGGGAAAUACAGGGUUAAACGGUCCACCGGUAUUCCUCGAUCACUUCAGACAAAGGUGGACAAGCCAGAAUCCCUGGCACCCGAUGGCUCGACUGAUGAAUCCAGAAACACUGGUGUCAUGGUUAAUGCCGAUGGUGAUUUCGUCAUUGCGAAGCCGGAUAAGGCGGCUUGGGAAUUGUACCAAGAAAAGGCCAAGGCAUCUGCUGCUGCGGCUGCUGAAGCUGCCGCGGCGGAGGAGAGCAAAGUGCUGCAAGCUCGGGGCUUAGAAUGCCCGAUUGACAAGAGGAUGUUCUUAGAGCCAACACAAACACCUUGUUGUCACCGAACAUAUUGCAAUGAUUGUAUCUCCAAUUCUUUGAUCGAAAGUGACUUAGUCUGCCCUGGUUGUGCUACGGAAGGAGUUUUACUGGAUAAUCUUACCCCGGAUGAGGAUGCCAUUACCAAGAUCAAGGCCUAUGAAGCGGAGAAGACGGAUGCAAAGAAAGAAAAGGAAAAGCAAACUACAGGCCAAGAUUGUAUCACUGCCAACGUCAAUAUCGACCAUGAUGCCACCGUGGACGCCACCAAAGAACAAUCCCCAGAGUCAGAGAAUGCAUCCACCCUGUCGAAGAAGAGGCCAGCUGAGGAAGACGGCAGUUCCAGUCCUGGUAACGCGGCUAAGAAACUAAAGGGAGAAGGCGAACCCGGUCAGUCAACUACAGACAGUAACGGUACAGAGACCCCGAAUGGCUCAGCAGUGCCGUUCAAUCCCUCAUUGUCAUUCGGUAACCUUGGAUCUAUGCCUCCUUUCUCAGAUACCGGAUUCGGAAAUGAUCCCAUGAGCUUCAUGAAUCCCAUGGCUAUGUCCAAUGGCUUCCCCAACCUGAUGGGUCCUUCCUGGAACCCAAUGAAUAUCCCAUUUAACCCUCUCCAAUCAAGCAUGUUUGACCCAGCCAACAGCUUUCCCAUGUUCAAUGGGGACCCCUCAAUGUCAAUGGGGUUUCCAAUGGCCCAGAUGCCGGCAAUGCAAAACCAGGGUUUCCAGGGUCCGGCGAUGAAUAACUUCUCUAACCAGCAACGAACUGCGUUUAGCGGCCCUUUUUCUCGCGAGGAAGACUCGCCAUAUUUCCGUCAGCCUGUGAACCCACAACGCCACCAGGCAAGAAACCGAAGAGUUCGACCAAGUGACUACCGAGAACUUUGA